AUGUCUGAUUCAAAAAGCUCUCAUGCAUUGGAGAUCACUGAUAUUGAGCAAAAUAGACUGAAAAAUCUUUAUAGAAAAUUUACCACACGCGAUGGAUGGUUAGGUGAUUACGACUACGUUUUUCUCUUUACCCCUGCGAUCUGGCCUUUCAACAAGAAGUUCAAACAUUACGAUCAACCGUAUUUUGGAUGUAACGACGAUAUUCCCAUAUUAUUGGCUGUUAUACUCGGCUUUCAACAUUGUCUAACAUUGAUCUGCAGUCUUGUCGCUGUCCCGCUUUUGAUGGGCGAUGCCUUGUAUUUCGAUGCUCAGCAAACACAGCACCUUGUUUCUUGUACGCUUAUCACGGCAGGGGUUGCGACAUUUGUCCAAAUUACCAGAUUUCACAUUUAUAGAACACCUUACUACGUUGGCACAGGGCUUUUGUCAGUGGUUGGGCCCACAUUUGAUAUUGUCGGUAUAGCAUACUCAUAUUCUUCAAUUCGGUAUUCAAAAGGGACUUGUCCUAUAGCUUCAGAUGGAACUUAUCUUCCCUGCCCGGAUGCCUUUGGGGCAUUUCUUGGCUCGAUGUUAUGCACUGUGUGGAUCCAGAUUCUUUUAGCAUUUGUUCCACCAAGAAUUCUUAAACGAAUUUUCCCUAAUAUGGUCACAGGCACACUGCUUCUUCUGCUUGCUAUUUACCUUUCGGGAAAUGGUAUGAAGAAUUGGGGAGGAGGUAGUAAUUGCCUGCAAUAUGGUGGAGGAUGCGGCACCGGCUCUCACGAUUUUGAGUGGGGAUCUCGAGCAUACAUUGGACUCGGAUUUUGCACUUUCGUAUCCAUCGUUAUCAUCAACCUUGUUGGAUCGCCAAUUAUGAAAAGUUCGUCGAUUAUUUUGGGGCUUAUCAUAGGAUGCAUCAUAUCAGCAGCCUGCGGCUACUGGGACGCAUCAGGUAUCCAUGCUGCUCCUGCAGCAGACUUCCUUUGGACCAAGAAUUAUACUUACUCGGUGGAUGGAUCACUAAUUCUUGCGCUUUUACUAAUGUUUAUUGUUGAAGGUAUCAGUUGCAUACCUGAUAUCCUUGCCACAGCAGAGGCAAGUCACGAAAAAACGUCUGGCGUCGAAUUUCAGUCUCGUAUUCAAGGAGGAAUAAUGUGUGAUGCAUUAGGCAGUCUUUUGGCCUCCGUCGGUGGAGGACUUCCUAUGGUCUCUCAGGCUGCUAACAAUGGAGUGAUCCUACUCACUGGAUGUGCCUCGAGAAAAGCAGGAUGGGUUGCAGCCAUGUUACUGAUUCUCAUGGGUAUUUUCUCCAAGAUAUCUGCUACUUUUGCGGCUUUGCCUCUACCCGUGUUUGGUGGAAUGCAAGUAUUUCUUUUCGGAACUAUUGGUGUUGCAGGUAUAAAAGUUCUCUCAUCGGUUCCAUGGACCAGACGGAAUCGGUUUAUUCUUUCAUGUGGUCUCGGAUGGGGUUUUGCAGGCACUGUAGUUUCCUCUUGGUUCAACCAGAUUUUAGCUUACAGUGGCUCAAAUCAAGCACUUGCAGGGUUCCUUGAAGGAAUUGACCUUAUUGUUGAAACUCCAUUCAUUUUUGGCGCCAUAAUUGUCUGCUUUUUGAACCUAAUAAUACCCGAUGGCAACAAGGAACCAGAUGACACUGCAGGUGUGGUGUAA